AUGUCACAACUAAUAAAAGGAGCCUCUAUGAAGAGGUUUGCGAAUGCAACAUCUUUGCCUUCAACAUUCAUUAAUUCCAGAGUUCUUAGAGACAACUACAAGCGUCAGAUGAUGUCACAGAACGAGGUGACCACAAGAGCUUUGAAAUUCAUUGCCAGAAAUGCCGCCUUACCACAGAGAUUGAGACUUGAAGCGCAAAUUCAGUUGACUUCAAUGCCUAAUUACACUAGAACGACACAACUAAAGGGUAGAUGUGUGGAUACAGGAAGGGGAAAGGGUAUUAUACGAGACUUUAGGUUGUGCAGAUAUCAGUUUAGGAUGCAGGCGUUGCAGGGACUUUUACCGGGUGUUAAAAAGGGAGUCUGGUAG